AUGACAACAAAUCAAGAUAUUGUCAAAACAUCGUCACUAUUUUCUGAUAAAUCUAUGAGUCUAAAAGAAAGUCACAGAUAUAUUUUAUCAGCACUAAAUGAUCAUGCACCUAUACGAUCAUUUGAUGGUAGUUUUUCUGUUAAUCGUAAUAAUGAGAAUCAAACAGGAUAUUUUACACCUUGGUCACCUAUUGAAGUUACAUUCUCUGAAUGUACAUCUCAAUGCAAUUCCAUUUAUGCUGUCGAAUCAAAUAUACAUGAAGAUAUAGUCAAGAAAAUGAGUUUACCUAACAAUUUUACAGUUAACAAGACUGAUAAUCCUCUUGAUUAUUCCAUACAUUCCAAUUUUAUUGAUCAUCAAUGUUUAACAUCUACCAGUCCGAAAGUAACAGCUCAUCAGCAAUCAAAUUACAAUCGCAAUUCAUCACUCGAAUUUUCGAACAGCUUCAAAUUUAAUAAUAACAAUACAUCUUCCUUAAGGAAAUCAGAAUGCACUUCCCAACCAGUUGUAUGUUAUGCUACAAAUAAUGAAACUGAUGGCGGACGUUUAUCAAAACGAAAGUAUUCUAAAAACCAUUCUAGUGUUUCUAGGAAAUACACUGGAAAAUAUAUAAAAGCAGGAAUCAACAAGAUUACUGGCCUUAAUCAACCUAAUGUAAUCAGUAUUCCUAUCAGUAAUAAUAAUACACAUAUCAAUGACAGGUUUGAGGUUAUUCACGCUAAUACUAUUAAUCAUUCAUUAACACAUAAUUUACUAAAGGAGACAUAUUCUUUAAAUCAAAAUACUGUAAAUGAAGAUGGGAAUUCAAUAAAUGGUAAAAAAUCGAAAUUAGAUAAAAAUUGUCCCACACUUGAAAAAAAUAGCAUCAACAAACAAACAAUAGAUAUGACUUUUUAUUCCACUCCCAAAGACAGCCCAUGGAACAAUGACGAAGAUGAACAAGGUAAAACUAACAGUGAUAAUCAAAACAAUGUGAAAAAUACUGUUGUUUCAACAGGAGCUUAUAAAUAUUUAUCAUGGCGUGAAAAAGAUCGUAGACGAAGGUUUCGUGAAGAAUGGAAACAUUUAUGGCUUGUUAUACCACAUGGACUUCAUGAAGUUAUGUGCCUUAUUUGUCAUAAAGUUAUGACUCAAAGAAAAUUAGACACAAUAAAACGUCAUGUUGUUAGAAGACAUCCAGAAUUAUUAAAAAUGUAUGAUCAUGAUAAAAGAGAAUUAUUUAAUCAAUUAAUUAAACAAUCUAAUUUAAUAGAUCAUACAAACAUCAAUUCAAUCAUAAAUAAUCCAUGUAAAUUCAUACAAAAAUCCAAUGAUUCAUAUAAAUGUAAUUUGAAUAGAAAUUUACCAAAGACAAAAGAAUCUUCACAGAAACUUCUAUUCAAUACUUCUAAUCGGUUGAUGAAUCAAACAAGUAAUAGAAAUCUUUUUCUUAAAAAUAUGAAUCAAUUUAAUAAUAUUCCAUUAUGUUAUACACCAAAUUCACAAUCUGUAUACUAUAAGAGUAGUGAAGAUUCAGUUGAUGAACUUCAUGAGGUAGUCAAUUCAAAUGUUAAAAUAAAACAAUAUUUAUCUUCUGACGAAAGUAAAUAUCUACCGAAAAUGUAUCAAGAAGUUAUAAACAGUUUUGAUUUCAAUCAUUUAUCAUCAGCAUUACCAGAAGAUUGGUUUAAUCUCUUAAAGAUUGCUGAAAGUCUAUUACCUAUUGUUAAAUCAUCAUCUGAUGGAUCAAUGGAUCCUCUUGAUUAUUCUAUACAUUCAAGUCAGCAUAAUCCUAUAGAAAUCAAUAUGCAAUUAUUAUCUUCUAAUAAUCAACCAGUAAAUACAUCAAUGAUUUCGACAGAAUCAUUAUUAUCUCCAAAUGUUCAAACUAUUAAUUGCUCUUCGUUUCGUCCUUUCUCUUCUUCUUCUAAAUCAUCCAAUUUAAAUAUAAAUUAUAGAAAACCAUUUACUCCAAUGACAUAUAAAUCAAUGGAGCCAAUGAAUUCAUUACCAUUAUCAUCGAUUGUACAAACAAAAUCCUUUUCUAAUAUUCAAAAUUUAGACAAAUCCUAUGGAUUUAUGGAAUCAACCUCUAAUUCAUAUGAAGACACCAUUAAAACCAGUAAUGAAAUUUUAGCUGCAGUUAACUGUAACGUAAACUUUUCCAGUAAAAAUAUUCACGUUCAAAAUGACAACGAGAUAAACGAUUAUGACAGUAGUCAAAUGGCCAAAGGAUAUUUAAAUUCACAGUUUCAUUUAACAACGGAAUAUAUGGAGCAUGAUCAUAUUGUUAAUGAACUAAAUCAACGUUUAAGAGUAUCUGUAAAUACAACAACAAGUCAUGCCAACCGUACGUCAACUGGAUUCGAUCCUACGUUUUCAAAAGUUCCUAAAAUUGACGAGGCUCAGUCAUUAAUGAUAGCCGCUUGGUAUUCAGCUCUUAUGAAUUCUACUAAAAAUACAAACCAACUAGUUAAUGACAAUGUAUCUUUAAAUGUACAUAAACCAAUAUGUGAUGAAUCUGUAGGUAUGGAGCAGCCCCUCACAUUUUCUUUCCCUUUCUCAAAUCCAAAACUCUUCAAUACUAGCUCACAUGUUCCCAAUACCUCCGAUGAAAUUAUUUCCUCUUAUUUAAAACAAAAGGAGAAACUUAGUAAUUACCCAAGUAUAAUAGAUUCAUUACAAUUGCAUAAUCAGGAGGUGGAAUUACAAUCAUCGAAACAAGUGAAUCCAUCUCGUCAGUUAAAAUUGAAUUCAGAUUUGAAUAAAUUUACUAUCUCCUCUCUAUUGAAUACAGAACAACGUCAAAUAACAACUCCAGUAUCAAAAGCAGAACAGAAGAGUGAUAAUUCCUGUCCUAAUAUACUUAGUAACUUAGAAAUGUCUUCAUGUGAUAGCUCGACUGAUUCAUCAUCGCAGCUUGACAAUCAGCAAAAAUAUGAUAAAUUUAAAUCUAUUCCCGAGUGUAUCUCAUGCAUUCUUUGUAUGAUUCAUGACAUGAAUGUAGGAAAUUCCUCUAGCAAUACAAAUCAUAAUAAGUCGUGCAGAUUAAAUGUGGACAUUCCAAGUAACAUAUAUGCAAAAGAAGCUGAUUCAUACAAAAGAAAACAUACAGCGUUCACCUGCCCUAAAAAUUUGCCAAGUUCAUUUUAUAAUUCUGUAGAAAUUCAAUCCAAAAUUAAUACAUCUAACCCGUUUAACAAUGGUAAUUGUACUUCACAAAAUCAAAUACCAUUCAUACAUUUACUGGAUUCAAAUAAUCAACCCAUUCACGAAGUACAAACCUAUAUGAAAUGUUAUUAUGAUGAAUUGUUACGAAAUCAUUUCGAAAAUAUUCAGAAAGAAAAUCAAUCCAGUGAAAAAGUGACAUCAUCAUAUUGUUGCAUACCAAUAAAUAAAGAAAACACUAUCUGUUUAAAUGGUAGUGAAGAUAUCUAG